AUGAGUCAGCGGGCAGACAGGCCACAUCCAGCCAGGAAACGCACAGCAGCUGAAUGUGGAAAACAUUUAUCACUGGUGGACCCAUCCCUGGAGUACACGGACCCUACCCCAGAUAUCCACGCACUCUUCCUUCAGUUUAACGACCGUUUCUUUAAGGGGCGCCUCGGCGCAGUGGUGGUAGAGUGGAGUUCCAGAAUGACAAAGAAUGCCGGUUUCUGCAAAUUUGAAGGAGGGGAUGGACUGUGCACUAUCAGACUGAGUGAACCAUUGCUGAAGCUGCGUCCGAGGAGAGACCUGGUUGAAACACUCCUGCACGAGAUGAUCCACGCGUACCUUAUGGUCUACAAAAGAGACUGCAACGUGUACGGGCACGGGCCGGAGUUCCAGAAGCACGCGCGGCGAAUCAACCGGGAGGCGGGCACGGACAUCGAGGAGUUCCACCGGUUCCACGAGGAGGUGCACCUCUACAGGCAGCACUGGUACCAGUGUGACGGCCCCUGCCGACAGUGGAGGCCCUGCUUCGCCACCAAGCGCCACAAACGCUGCCCGCCCUGGCCCCGGGACCUGAACUGCCAGCAGCACAAACAACUCUGUGGGGGGACCUUCCGCAAGGUCCGCGGCCCCAUGGGAUACACCAAAGGUCCAAAAAAAGGUGCAGAAAAUCUUACGGUUCUAAAAAAUACUUCUCUAUACAGCACUGGCCUUCAGGGCUUCAGUGUCAGUGCCCACGUUCUCGUCUAA